UGCGACAUUGCAAACAUUUAGGAUUUGAGUCUUUUUAUCGUGGCUCGGUUGUUAACAUAUUUACACAACAUUUAUUUAUUCAUUUAAGAGUUCAACAGGUUCUGUUGGCCCAUCUGGACCAAAAGGAUCAAGUGGUGACAAGGGACAAAAAGGAAGUAUGGGGCCAAGAGGUAUUGAAGGAGCUGAUGGAGAUCCUGGGUCAGCCGGUCACACUGGACCAGUUGGUCCACGAGGCUCAAAAGGAGAAAAGGGACUGAAAGGGAUACCAGGUAUAACAGGACCGAGAGGUCCACAAGGCAUUCCCGGAGAACCAAUAGACCAGGAAACGCUUGAAAAGUACUUCAAUCCUGUGAAAGCGCUACAGACAGAGGUAUCUAACAUGAAACUCACUUUGCAGUCUUUGGCAAGUAACGAUCAACCUGCUGCUCAUUUACACGGGAAUAAUAAUUAUGGCACAAAAAGUAGUGGCAGCAUUAUUACGGACUGGUAUACUGGUAGCGGUCAGUGGUAUUCUCCUAUUCUGAGAGGUGGAAUGACAUACAGUAACGGAUACAUUACCGUGCCGAAAGAUGGACUUUACUAUAUCUACGGAAAGAUAUAUUUUGAUCCACAGUCGGGACAAGCGCGUUCUGGAUUCUACAUCUACUUGAACAGUCAAUAUGUUGAAUUUACCUACCAGUACCAUCCAUCUGCUAAUGGCAAUCAAGAUUACACUCGUUAUUCUGGUCUUCUAAAAAUGGUCAGCAAAGGAGACAGGAUCUAUAUGAAGUUUGUCUAUACUGUCUAUGCUUAUAUGUAUCCUCCAUACGCUCAGUUUGGAGUCUUUCGUGUUGCUUAGACGGUGCAAUAUCUUCUGCAAUAACGUGAACUAAUUGUUGUUUCAUUGUCAAAUGAUUGCAGUUUGUGUACUUUAUGCAUAUCUUCUUGGAUUUUGUCUAAAGUAAACGUUUACUGAAAGCACUUAAUU